ACUAUCGCUCCCACAAUGCCACGCUCUUCCGCCCGGCCGCGGGGAGAAUGCGGCGCGGGCAGCCAAUGGGCGCCGAACGCUGGGGGGGCAGCGGGGGGCACUCUGGGAGUGGCGGUUGUUUCAAGAUGGCGGAGGUGGACCCGGAGCCGGGCGGGGAUGUGUAUUGGAGCCGGGACAGCAGAAUCUGAUGAAGAACAGCCAAUGGUAUGUGUUUCAGGGUUGUCUACAAAAGGAAAUUUAAGAAGAUAUUUACCAAAAUGUCAUAAAGGUGAAACUGAGCUGAAGGUGCCUGUAGCUGUUUCUUCUGUUUCCAUGGAUCCUGCUAGAAGGACAGGAGACCUGACAGGACAUCAGGUCACUAAUGAAGGAGCAAUGAAGAGUGCUUCUUUAAAGGAUUUAUGUCCUGAGGACAAGAGACGCAUUGCAAACUUAAUUAAAGAACUUGCCAGGGUGAGUGAAGAAAAGGAGGUGACAGAAGAACGGCUGAAAGCUGAACAGGAGUCAUUUGAGAAGAAGAUCAGGCAGCUAGAGGAACAGAAUGAGCUUAUCAUCAAGGAAAGGGAAGCUAUGCAGCAGCAGUACAGAGAAUGCCAGGAACUUUUGAGCCUUUAUCAGAAGUACCUAGCUGAGCAGCAGGAACAGCUGUCGCUCUCCCUCUCUCAACUCAGUGCUGCCAAGGAAAAGGAGCAGAAGAUGUCUGGUAAGAAGUCCUUCUGUCAGCAACCACCCUCUGAAAUAGAUGGUUCAUACUUAGCUGUUGCAGGACCUCAGAUUUUGCAUAAGAACAGUAAAGCAUCAAAGACUGGAAGCCCAAGCCGUGUAGCAUUGUCUCAGCCUUGCAGGAAUAAUCAUAAUUAUGGAACUGAAAUCAUUUACAACCGUCAAGAUCGUCCGAAAGAAAAUCCCUUGGAAAAUGGCUUGCACAGAAAGUGCAACAAUGUGAUUUCCUCUGUCAAGCAGAGGACCCCUCACCACGUAAAACCAGCUCAGGAGGUGGACCAAAAAGCAAAUGAAUUUUCAAGCACUUGCCCUCCACAAAUGACUCGUGGCUGUGCCUGCAAGCAUGUAGGGAGCUCAGGUGGCAUGCAGAAGAGCCAGGUACCCAGAAGACUCUCUGGACCUGCUCACAAAACCUGUGAUUAUUCCAAGCUCUCUCGAGUUUCUGGGCUGAAUGACAGUGGGGGUUCAGGGUCUAAAGAAACAGAACAAGCUAAAAGGUUGUCUGAAGAAAGAAGGCAGCAGCUGCUUCUGCAGAAGAUGGAGCUGGAAAUUGAAAAGGAUCGUCUCCAAAAUCUGUUGGCUAAACAAGAAGCAAAACUGCUCCUAAAACAACAGCAAUUACACCAGUCCCGAAUGGAUUAUAACAGGUUUAGAGGCCGUGUGUCAGGUUCAGGAGAUGUGCUCAAUGAUGAAACACCUGGAGAACUUGCUCUGAUGAUGAACGGCAACAGCAUGGGGCUACGUGUACCGGUGUCAAAACGUGAAGAUUAUGAUCCCAGGACACCACCAGUGAGCAAAACCUCCAGAACGUCACGGAGCAGUGGUGGGAGCAGUUCAGGGAAGAAGAUGGCUGGUUUUGGUGCAAAUAUGGAAGAUAGGCGAGCCCUUCUGAUGCAGGCCAAGAGAGAAGGCAGCAAGUCAAGGAAAGGGACAACUUCAGGACCUAGGGGGGAUGCAGCCACAUCUUCUGCAUUGAUAGGCAGCAGCAAAGAGCUUGUAACCACAUCCACAUCACCAAUCCAGCAUGACAUUUCACGAACAACAACAACAAAAAAGCAAUAAGAUUAUUCUACACUAGCAAGUCAGUUUGUGGCAAUCAUUCCUAUCUUCAGUCUUUGCUAUGGAAUUUUACUUCAGAUACUGAUACAAACAAGAUUCUUCUCUCACGACCACUGAAAUCUUUGGACUUUCAGAUGUGAAAUGCAGAUGGGAACCCAGGAAUGGGAUCAAAACCAAAUUUAACAAUGGAAGAUUUCAAACUUGUGUUGAAAUCACAUUUUACCUGUGAAGCUUGGCUCUUGGGAAACUUGGAAUUGGGUUCAGCCUUGAAAAUGAUAAACCUUGAUUAUAUUUCAUGCGGUAGACAUGAAGUCAAUUUUGAAAUGACAUUCUGUAUUUACAUUUGAGGUUAUCAAAUUUAACACGCCAUGAGAUUCUUUUUCUUUACUAUGUGUAACAGGAGCACCUAUUUGUGUCAAAGUAACCUCCUUAAUAGCUGCUUUUCAAUCGCUGUUUUCUGUGUCCGUUGCUGACAAUGAAAAUCGUAUUGGGAAGUUUAGACUUGCAGUGCAAAGGGAUUAAUGUUAAUUAGCAACUGUUGGCUGUAAUUGUCACCCUCAUUAAAAUGCAGAAUUAUGUAUUUCUUAGUUAUAAAUAACCUUUCUAAUUGUACUUGAUGUAUGCCAGUUUAAUCAAAAAGUACACUUGCAAACAGGUAGAUAUUUGCAUUAAUCUAGCACUGAAUCUUUCAGUCUCUUUUGAUCGUCUUUUAUUCCAAAGUUGAGUAGUUGGGGGAGGUCUAUUACAGCUACGUAUUCUUUACACAUUUUUUUAUUCAGCUAUGCAGAUCUGACAGGAUUUUGUAUUAAAAGUGGGGGAAAUGUCUUCUGGGAAUGUUCAGCGCAACAGCAAGUGUGUCAGUUUUGAAGUAGUUGGCAAAGUUUCCAUCAUUCAGUGGUAUGACAGUAAGUUGAUUGUAGUUUGAAAGUAAUAAUAAGCAAAGCAAAAUAGACUACAAAUCAUAUUAUGAAGCUAACUGAAUCUCUUAGGUCUGUUCCUUACCAUCAUUUUCAUUGUUACCUUAAUUACUUUUUGCACUUCUUUUCCCCCAUUGCUUUUGCCAGUUCUCAUUUGCCAUGUUAAAUCUUACACGAAGGUUGGUUUGUUGGAUGUGAUUCUCAUUUGUACUUGUAAUCACAACAAUGAAAAGUUAGUCUGAAAAUACAGUUUCAUUCUGUGUCUUGCUUUGCCCGUUUGUAAAAAAAAAAAAUA